AUGUUACCAGUGAUUCUCAAUCCCUCCUCUAAAUCGAAACUUAACCAGCUCCAUCGACUUGAUAACGAUAAGAUAACAUCUUCGAAAAGACUGGACAGAGGAGGGAGUUUACAAAGUGACAGGCGCCAACAUUUACUACAGGAUUACGAAGAAUUUGAGCUCGCUGAAUAUCCUGGCGCACGAGACGAUCCGCCUCCGGAAUCGCACAUAAGUGAGAGAGAUAGAAGAAGGGCGGAAAAGAGAAGAAGACUCGAGGAGGCAGACGAGAUGAAGUUCUCACAUAGUAUACAAUUCAAUGCUGUUCCAGAUUGGAGCAGUCAUUAUAUCGCUUAUAGCAAUUUGAAGAAAUUGAUCUACCAACUUGAGAAGAAUGUACAUCGACCCUCCACUGCCCUCGAAGACGCCGAAAAUUCCCCUCUGAUCAGACCAAUUGACGACUCAGAUGCUAUCUUUCGCAGAGCACUAGAUGCAGAAUUGGAAAAAAUAUCCACAUUUUACGAGUCGAAGGAGCUUGAAAUUUUUGGCGAGGUUACAGAGCUAUUGAAGGAGGAAGAGGAAUUCGAGGCUGAAGUUCUAGAAAGCAACCAAACAGAUGGCAAUGGCAAUGGCAGGCCAAGAGCAUCGAGCAACGAUCGACCACGACAAAACAGUAUCUUCAAAUCUUUUGUCCCUAAAGGGAGAAGGCGUUCAAGCACAAUAAGUCGAUCAAUAGAUGAAGGGGCCGAGGAUAGUGAUGACGACGACGACGAUGAGAACACUGCGCUGCGCAAACCACCCAUGUCAAAAAGAAGCAAGAGCUCUCCUCAAGACGUGAAUACGGGGGCUUUCGAGGACAUGCGCUCUUCAGCAGAUUUAAUAAAGCCUGCUCGACGCAAUAGUAUGAACUACGAGGAUAUGGCAGAGCAGGCAUUCAAUGCCUUUUAUACAUCGGGGAUUACGUUGAAAAAGCGUGCAGUCAGUCUAUAUGUGUCACUAUGUGAACUAAAAUCUUUCGUUCAGCUUAAUCAGACAGGUUUCAAGAAGGUUUGCAAGAAAUAUGAUAAAAUAUUGGACAAAAACCUCAAGUCGAAAUAUCUUCAGGAUGUCGUAGCUCCAGCAUAUCCUUUCCGUCCCGAAACGCUUAAGCAUAUCGAAGAGAAGAUAUUACGGAUAGAGCGCAUGUAUUCUGAUGUGGCAACUCAAGGAGAUGUCGACAUGGCAAAGAAGGAAUUGCGAUCACAUCUUCGGGAACAUGUUGUUUGGGAGAGAAACACAGUCUGGAGGGAAAUGAUUGGCAUUGAGAGGAAAGCUCAAGCUGCGAAUAUGGGUAUCAGAAGGACUUUGCUGGGCGUGGAUAAUGAUCCAUCUAAGCUCCGAUUGCAAGGUGAUGAUGCCGACAUCGCUGACAUGAAGGAAUUAUCAACACCGGUUGGGAGAGUAAAAUGUCCAAGAUGGCUAUUUAGUUCAACGAUGUUCACACUGGUUGGAAUCAUUACCAUCUUCAUUUUACUAUUGCUUAUCCCGAUCAUGAAGAAGCCAGAACAACAAAAUUGUUUAGCAAUGCUGGUCUUUGUCAGUUUGUUGUGGGCUACCGAGGUCAUACCUCUCUUCGUGACAUCCCUAAUGAUUCCAUUCCUCUGCGUGAUUCUAGGCGUGGUUCGCUCUGAUGAAAAGCCUCACCAUCGACUUGAAGCUCCAGCUGCGGCCAAAUAUAUAUUCUCCGCAAUGUGGACUCCAGUCAUCAUGUUAUUACUUGGUGGAUUUACAGUAGCUGCAGCGCUUUCCAAAUAUGAUAUUGCUAAGAGGAUAGCGACCUUUGUCCUAAGCAAAGCUGGAACGAGGCCAAGAACAGUUCUUAUCACCAACAUGUUCGUAGCAGCUUUUGCAAGUAUGUGGAUCAGUAAUGUUGCAGCACCUGUCUUGUGUUUCUCAAUCAUCCAGCCCAUGCUUCGAAACCUUCCUUCUGAAUCUCAAAUGUCGAAAGCUGUUAUUCUUGGCAUUGCACUUUCAUCCAACAUUGGUGGAAUGCUCUCCCCAAUUGCAUCGCCACAGAAUAUUGUCGCUCUUCAAAUCAUGUCUCCACAACCAGACUGGGGGACCUGGUUCUUCAUCGUCCUGCCAGUCGGUAUAAUUUCCAUCGUCCUCAUUUGGAUUCUCUUACUUCUUACCUUUAAGCCUGGCCGUGGAACUACAAUCGUUCCUAUUCGCCCGGUUAAGGAUGCAUUCACUGGAGUUCAGUGGUUUAUUACCCUUGUUACUCUUGGCACCAUUGUUCUCUGGUGUGUAAGUCAUCAGCUUGAAGCAAUCUUUGGUGAUAUGGGAGUUGUCGCAAUUAUCCCAAUUAUUCUAUUCUUUGGUACGGGCAUCUUAACGAAGGAGGAUUUCAACAAUUUCUUAUGGACAAUUAUAAUUCUCGCCGCUGGAGGACUUUCUUUAGGUAAAGCCGUCAACUCGUCAGGAUUGUUGCAUACCAUUGCCACUGAAAUCACUGCGAGCGUUGAGGGUUUGAGUCUUUACAGCGUACUUGUCGUAUUCUCAUGUCUCGUGUUGGUCGUCGCGACAUUCAUCAGUCACACUGUCGCAGCUCUCAUUAUUCUUCCAUUAGUUCAUAGUGUCGGAGCAAGUAUGGAUGAGCCACAUCCUAACCUUUUGGUUAUGGGAGCUACCUUGAUGUGCAGUGCCGCUAUGGGAUUGCCUACAAGUGGCUUCCCUAAUAUGACUGCAAUUAUGAUGGAGGAUUCACAAACAGGACAAAGAUACUUACAAGUGAAACAUUUCAUCACUCGUGGCGUACCAGCAAGUAUCCUUACAUGGCUAGUGGUCAUCUCGGUUGGUUAUGGAUUGAUGAGAGUGGUUGGGAUGUAA